AUGGAUUCCUUUAUUCCCAUGGGCGGUUUUCAACUGCCUUUUCAAAGGCGACUCAGCCGUCUUUAUAAUGACACCAAAAAAUCAAGCGACUUUGUUAAGGAGCCCGUACAAAAUGAAGAGGACCCAGAGAUGAAGGCACUUCAUCGCAAGCUUCGCAUCCAAAAGGAUCGCCUUGUCAGCUGGGGUCUGGAAUGGUCCGACCCAAACCAGUCUGCUGAAAUCGACGAAUCUCUCUCCAAGGCUGGCCUGAGCGAGGUUGUCGGGAGCAUCAUGUCCACCAUCAAGGAUAUCCUAGCCGAGGCAGAACCACUGUGGCAGAGCUCAAAGCAUGUUGUCACAGCUAGCAGAGCAUCGCCGGACAGGAAAGCACCCUUGGUUCAAUGGGAUAAGGGUCGGUUCGAGGAUCUUAUUCGCGAUCUGACUGCGUCAAUUGAUACUCUGUAUGAUUUGUCGCGGACGAGAGCAUCUGGUUACUUCCCAAGACGGAUGUCAAAGGCUACCUACAAGUCGCCAGUUACGGAUGAAUUCAGGCCAUUCGAGUCCAGUCGUAUGCGGACACCGCAGCAAAUUGAUCCCGCAACGCUCACUCACCUCCGACCCAAGCAGCAAGGUGACGCGACAAUUCCUCCAAGGGAAGUUGUAUUCAUGAGCAAGACGGCGUAUUCCGAGAUGACGCUGGGCACCACAACCAAAGAACCGUGGGCUCCCUUACUGCUUGAGUACGCUACAUUUGACUCGAUUUAUUCCGUGACGGGAAUUAUGCCACCAAUGUCGCGAUUCGAGAAACUGUCAUCUGGCCUACAGCAAGACCCGCAACGCGCUCCAGGAACCUGGACGGGUCUUCCGCGUCUCUUGGGAUACUUUGAAGAUAUGGAAAACUCCCGUAUUGGCCUAGUUUACAGAUUCCCACCUUCUUUCAAUGCCGUCUCCUUUGAACGGCUCACCCAGAAUCCCCUCUACAACCUCCCAACCUUGAAUGACCUUUUGUCUCGCCAAGAUGAACCACCCCUGGAAGCAAAAUUCAGACUGGCGUACAACCUUACCAAUACUGUUUUCGACAUGCACGCCAGAGGGGUGACGCAUGGCAACUUGGCUGCGAAAAAUAUAUCCUUCUGCGACGCUAGCACGAAGGACUCGGGGGCUGAGGGCGCAAUUGUUGAUGUGCGACGUCCUCUUGUGUCUUCAUUUGACCUCUUCCCUGAGGAUGAGGCUUCAUCCCAAGUAUCGCCUUGGAGACAUCCCUUGGACCCUCGCAGCUCACGACGCUCUCCAAUCAACCAGUCUACUGAUGAACGCAUUCUCGAACUGUACUCGCUUGCGAUGGUCUUGUUAUCUAUUGGGCUGUGGACCAAGCUUGAGGCUCUGCUGCCUGACUCCACGUCCAGCAUUGUGCCUGGGUCCGCCCUUGAUCGAUUGGCAGUAAAGUGCGGGACGCUUUACAUGAAGGCUGUUCAAGCUUGUUGGCACGCAGUGGAUGACGAGUUGAACGGACAGUCCGGUGGGGAGACCCUCCUGUCUACAGUACAGAUGCAAGCCACCCGAUUCUUGGAGACCUGCUGUAUAUUAGAUGGCGUGAGCGGGCUCGAAGAGCGUCUGGAUCAGGAACUACGCGAUGGAACUGUAACGCAGCAACAAGUAGAAACGACCAAGGAUGCAAAAUCUCCUUCCGGAUAUCCCGCCGAUAAGAAAGCUCCUUUGCCGCCUACUGAUUCUAACCCCAGGCAAUUGGAAAGGAUGGAGCCUGUAGAGGCGGAUUUCGAUGGUAAGGAAGCUUCUGUUGCUGGAUUGAUCUCAUUUUUCAUUGACACAUCUACAGAAGUGCAAGGAAAGCAGAAGAUGAGGUUGUAUCCCCAUGUGCCACUUCCGCCUGAUGUCGUGGACAAGUGGAACACCAUCUUGAUGCCCCAAAUCAACCAAGCUCUGAGGCACUUUUAUCGAAAGCACCCCGAGUCUGUGGAAAUCUCACUCGAAUCAGUGGGACCAAGCCCUCAUGCCACUCAGCCUACCGUUCUAGUUGUGUGUACGUCUGUUGGAAAGGUUCGCGCCAUUUUGAAGAAACGAAUUGGCGAACUCUUUGACGGCACCACUGGAUUCGCUCUCAAGGUGUGUCGUGGCCACGUUUUACGGUCUCGACGCUUCUCGAAGUCGGUGUUUCGAUCCAUGGCGCGAUCAGCCGCCGCCGACAGCGAUGGUGAAGACGAGAUAGAGGCAGUUAAUCCAGAGUAUCAGGAAUGCCCAGGGAAUGGAGCAAGCAUUGGGGCGUGGAUCGGUGACCGACAUUUGCCGCCUGUUAGUUUCGGCGGCCUUGUUUUGGUUGACGAGAAACCGUAUGGCAUGACUGUUCAUCACAUGCUUGACGACCCAGAUCGGGAUGCAGCUCAAUUGGAGACCUUACGAAGCAGUGCAGCCCCUGGCCACGACUGGUAUGCCGAGUUUAUGGAGAGCAGUGGGGAUGAUGAAGAAGACUAUGCGUACGAAUUGUCAGAUACGGAAUCAGAGCCAUACUCGGAAACAGACAUUACCAGCGACUAUGGCGACGAGGAUGAAGAGGAAGACGAGUUCGAGCCAGGCGAUAUUCCAGGAAUCGAGCCGGGAUGUGGUGACGGCUAUGUCGUUACGCAGCCGGCGCUAGAUGACGUCGAGGAAGGGUUUUAUCCUUGCGCAGAGACGGAGGAUGAAGAUCACCUUGACACCUUCAGCUUGGGUGAGGUCUAUGCAUCAAGUGGCAUCCGCCGUAAACAAGCACAUGGCCUAACUCACGAAGUGGAUUGGGCCCUGUUCGAGUUUGCCGAUGGCCGACUGCCGGGCGACAAUACCAUCCCUCGCUGUGAUGCUGCAGGGGAAAACGGUAAAUCUCAGUCUGAUGUAGGCGACGAUUUGGCCAAGCUGCGGCCAACUACAGUGGCCCCGUCAUCGUCGCUACCAGGGAUGGAGGUGCAGUGUGUGGCUCGAACGAGUGGGCUUCAGACUGGUCAGAUUCUACCCGCUCUGACCAGUGUCAAGAUAUAUGGCCGAUGCUCGCCCAGUCACACAUAUCAAGUGGCAAGCACGCCGACAGCCGGCGAGAGGCAGCCGAAAUCAAGACUACCCAUGGGCAUUCCUGGCGACAGCGGAGCCUGGGUAAUCGACCGUCGCCAUGGCCAACUGUGCGGGCACGUCUUGGCGUGGAGUCAACGCAAACGCGUUGCUUAUAUUUGUCCCAUGGAUGUCCUCUUACUGGACGUGGCACAGACCCUCGAAGCUUCGGAAGUUCGUCUUCCCGGUGGUGAACCUGUGGUGACACUGGGCGAUCCGAGCGAGUAUCAAGAAGCGAACCAAUUCCGAGUUGGUGAGGAUGAUGAAGACCUUGGCGACUUGGUGGAUGAGGAGGAGGAGGCUCCAGCAUUGGCUGCGGUACCUAAUGCCACAAGGCAUGACAAUACAGGGAGCUCGCCCACAUCACUCAGGAGCUCUAGUAACCAGGAGUCAUCGAGUCCGUUGCGGUUGGAGACGUCCAGCGAACUAAGGGGUCUAGCUAGUCGGCUGGAAGACCUCAACAUUGGAAGGACACAGAGGAUAGGUGUCAGUGGGUGA